UUUAGAUCUCGCAAUCUAUUCCUUUCAAAGACAAUAGACAAGGUAUUGUCUGCUAAAAGGUCUAGCUUUGACAAAAGUUUCGUAUCCAUUUGAUACUGUCAAGUAUGGGUCUCUAGAAGAUGGGUAUGAAGUGAUGAGGAAAGUGCUCAAUAGACUGAAUGAAGAGAAGCAGGUUUAAAGAUUUUGGGGGGUGUCGUUGUUAUUAUCCUUUGUGACUUUAGUGGGCCCAAAUCAUGCAGAUGGAAACUUUUGGGUUGGAAUUUUUCUUUUGAGUGGAAGCGAUCUUUUAUCUGCUUAUUUCUCAUAGAUCUACAAAAGAGAUGUCGGUUUUCGACAACAACCCAUAUGCCAGCCUAGAUGACGAUGAACUCAAUGUCGAACAAUACAGUACGCAAGAGGAUGACGAAAACAGUCUUUAUUCUUAUGACGCAGAGGCAGAAUGGGAAGAGAGCAAACAACAAAUCAACGCACUCUUCUCCGUGGUAGUGUUUCCCUUCGUGGGCAAAUGGUUAGGAAAGAAGUUUUCAUUUUGGCUAUGGGCAAGAUUCCUUGGUGCAAGAACACCUUUUUCAGAACGUUUUGGUAUACCAUUAUCGAGCCAACUGGUACAUUCUAUGAAGCGUAUCGCUGCUUAAAAAAGAUAUCUCACACUUAUCAUUCUGCAUGGUACACUGAAGAAAAGCUAUAAUAAAGUUAUGUUAGAUUUGAGAACAUUGAUUUGUCAAAAGACGCAACCUUACCUACUCACUGCUGAAAAACGGAAAAUAAGGAAAUAAAAAAUGGGCUAUUCCCGCACGCAGUAGGAGUCAGGAGAGAGGGAGAAGCGUUUUUUAGUUUCUAAGGGACAGCCUCUGAGAUAUUCCGCGAAAAUUGAUUUGUGGAUUUUUUAAUUUUUUCAAGCAC